CAGUAGGCAAGUGUUUGCAGUGAAAAUGAUCUCCCACACAAGAAAAUCUGUGAUACAACAAAGAGGAGGGGUUGAAAAAGAAAUUGAACUCCACAGUCAGUUAAAGCACAGAAACAUUGUCAGGUUUUACCACCAUUUUCAAGACCCAAAGUACGUGUUCUUGUUGCUAGAGUACUGUAGACACAAGUCUCUUGCUCACAUAUUGAGCAUACGAAAAUUACUGACAGAGCCUGAAGUUCGCUAUUACAUGAAGCAGAUAUUACUUGGGGUACAAUACUUGCAUCUUCAU